UCAUCUCCGUCCAGACGCCGGACCCCGACUCCGUUUUUAGAUAUCUCACGCCGCUGUCAUGUCGUCUCCUUGACGACUGGAGAGGCCCUUCAGGAGGAGGAGGAGCGAAGAAGAUCGAAGGAGGCGAGCAAUGGCGAGGAUUCUCCGAGGGCUCCCCGCUUUCUUGCUUCUCCUCGUCGUCUCGGCCCUUCUUCCUCUCGCCCUCGCUGCCCCGAAGAAGCCAUCGCCGCCUGCCAGGAAGGAAGACAUCCCUUUCAUCAAGUGCCAGGUCUGCGAGAAGAUCGCCGGCCAGAUCUAUCAGCAGGUCAAGAAGAAGGAGGCCCAGAUCUCCCCCAAAAAGGUUUCGGAGUUCCAAAUAAUUGAGAUAGCUGAGAACGUGUGUAAUUUGAAGAAGGAAGAGGCGAACUGGAUUCUCCAGAUUGAUAUUGUUGAGAACGGAGAUAAAUUGGAGCUUGUUGAGCAAGGCAUUGAAGGACAAUGUAAUUCAGAAUGCAAGACUAUUGAGCGUGCUUGUCAAGAGGUCAUGGGUUACUCAGAUACCGAUGUUGCUGAAUUUGUUUAUAGCACAAAGCCUUCGAUUGAUUCGUUGGUGAAUUUUCUUUGCAAUGACCUUUCUAAAGCAUGCACUGUCAAGCCACCACCCAUUCCCGAGGGUAGGAUUCCUGGAGAACCUUUUAUUGCCAAGUCCACUAAGGAGGCUGAAAUGGAAAAGAUUUUGAGAUCCAUGGAGGGCAUGCCAGGCGCACCUAGUAUGAAAAUGUAUUCAAGAGAAGAUUUGAUGAACAUGAAUUUUGGUAACGAAGAAGCUGAUGAUGACGAAGAUGAUGAUGAAGGCAACUUUCCUGGAAAUUUGGGAAAAAUUCUAAACGAGAAAGAUUCUCCGAGAAAAGAUUUCAAGCAGAAGAUACUGCAAAGUAUUACAGAGACGGGAACAGCAAUACAGAGACACGUAAACAAAGUAUCAAAACAGUUUAAGAAUUGGUGGGGGGGAAAGAAAACAAAAUCGAGUUCUUCAAAGGCAGUUAAAACCGAGCUAUGAGGAUGACGAACAAUCAGUUAAACUGAUAACCAGAUGCUGUUUUCUUGUGCUUGUCUCUAGAAUUGACACUGAAAUAUGGCACUUUCUAUACCAAAAAGUAGAAAACAGUUUGCGGCCGCCAGCAUCGUAGAAGCUACUUAUCACAAUCCUUUUGUUUUGAAUGUAUUAAUUGGUUCUGUUGUUUGAGAUUUUUUAACUUACUGAUAGAAUAGAAACUGAGAAGAUAACACUUUAGAGUUGCUACAAAAUAAUUUCUGAGCUCA